AUGAAGGUCGCCGCCUCGGCGCUCCUCUUCGGAGCUGCUGCUGCGAGUGUUUCCCAGCAGCAACCCUUGAAGGCCGCCACCGACAACGUCCGUGAGGCGUUCAAGGCUGCCUCCGACAAGGCCGCAUCCUGGACCAAGCCGCUUGAGAACUUCCAGCAAGAGCUCAAGCACCUGACCGCGGAUGCCCGUCAGGCCUGGGAUGAGGUCGCUAUGAUGUUCCCGGAGAGCAUGAGCCAAGCCAACUUCUUCAGCAAGCCGAAGCCACAUGUCCGCAAAGCGCACAGCGAGUGGGACUUCGUUACCAAGGGCGAGGAUCUCCACAACCUCUACACCACCAACUCCAAGGGACAGAAGGAGCGUGAGAUUGAUGGUCACCUCGAGGCGUUCAACCUGCGCACCAAGAAGGUCGACCCCAAGAAGCUCAAGGUGGACAACGUGACCCAAUAUUCGGGUUACUUGGACAACGAGGAGGAUGACAAGCAUCUCUUCUACUGGUUCUUCGAGUCCCGCAACGACCCCAAGAACGACCCGGUGGUCCUCUGGCUCAACGGUGGUCCGGGCUGCUCUUCGUUGACGGGUCUGUUCAUGGAGCUCGGUCCGUCGUCCAUCAACGAGAAGGGCGAGGUCGUCUACAACCCCAGCAGCUGGAACGAGAACGCCAACGUCAUCUUCCUCGACCAGCCCGUCAACGUCGGCUACUCCUACUCCGGCGGCAAGGUCUCCAACACCGUCGCCGCGGGCAAGGACGUUUACGCGCUCCUGACCCUCUUCUUCAAGCAAUUCCCCGAAUACGCCAAGCAGCCUUUCCACAUCUCCGGCGAGUCUUACGCCGGUCACUACAUCCCGGUCUUCGCCGCCGAGAUCCUCUCCCACAAGAAGCGCAACAUCAACCUGCAAUCCGUCCUGAUCGGCAACGGUCUCACCGAUGGCUACACUCAGUACGAGUACUACCGUCCCAUGGCUUGCGGUGACGGUGGGUGGCCCGCCGUGCUGAACGAGCAGGAGUGCACCGCCAUGGACAACGCCCUCCCCCGCUGCCAGAGCCUGAUCGAAUCGUGCUACAAGAGCGAGUCCGUCUGGUCUUGCGUGCCCGCCUCCAUCUACUGUAACAACGCCCUGAUCGGCGCCUACCAGCGCACCGGCCAGAACGUCUACGACGUCCGCAAGCCUUGCGGCGACAACCCCCUCUGCUACAACGAGCUCGACUGGAUCUCAAAGUACCUCAACCGCCAGGACGUCAUGGACGCCCUGGGCGUCGAGGUCUCCAAGUACGACUCCUGCAACUUCGACAUCAACCGCAACUUCCUCUUCGCGGGCGACUGGAUGCAGCCCUUCCACCGCCUGGUGCCGGGCAUCCUCAAGGAGAUCCCCGUCCUGAUCUACGCCGGCGACGCCGACUUCAUCUGCAACUGGCUCGGCAACCUCGCCUGGACCAACGCGCUCGAGUGGCCCGGCCAGGCCAAGUACGCCAAGGCCGAGCUCAAGGACCUCAAGCUCAAGGCCGACGGCUCCAACAUCGGCUCCGUCAAGUCCUCGGGCAACUUCACCUUCCUGCGCCUCCACGCCGGCGGCCACAUGGUCCCCUACGACCAGCCCGCCGCGUCGCUGGACAUGCUCGACCGGUGGUUGGCCGGCGAAUGGAUCGAGAACUAG